AUGCAGACCGCCAACUCCCACAGCGCCGUCACUCAGGGUGACCUGGAACUGCUCGAUGUUCUCACCUCGAUGCCUUCCUCCUUCCCGCACCAGCCCAGCUAUGCUUCUUCGUCCUCCUCGUCCAAGCCGAGACCACUGUCCACCCUCAAUGCUCUGAGGAGGCCCCCCAUCGAUCCCAUGGUCCUAGCUGCAAGUCUGAGCUCCGGUCCACACGUCACCCGCCACCAUUUCCACCACUCAUUCGGCAGCCAUGCUCAUACUUCCAACUCGCAGCAGAUGCCCGCCAGCCAGCGCAGGGCGGCGGCGGCAGCUGCUGCAGCUACCGCAUCUGCUUCUACAUCCUCCACAUCCGGCGAUGCAUCUUCACGUCCAGUGCAAACACGCUCCAGACGCCAAUCGGGAGCGAGUGGCUCGUAUGCAAACUGCGACUUUGACGAUUUUGAAGAUCCUUCUCCAAGCGCCAAUGUUGCCUCUUCCUCAUCCGUCAAGAUCGAUCCCGUCCCCGAGGUGACAGACGAAGAGCGAGCCUUCUAUGCAAGCAGACAAGCUCCUCGCAGCGUUCGUUUGCAGCAGCAGAAGGAGCUCGAGCUCAAGCGCGUUCAAGUUCAAGCCCAGGCUCAAGCCAGCAAGGCUCGACAGUCCGCUCAGCAGGAAGACGGCAGGAACCAGGCUGUUACGCAGGCGACCGGCAUCCGAGCCAGUGAUGAGCCUGCCCAACCUGAACUUCUCAAUCAGCCGGGCAACCAAGCAGCAAAGACGGUGCUUGUGCCCCCCUCCGCACCCGCAAACAAGAUUGCACAAGCGCUCGACGAGCGAAAGGCUGCCGUCGCUGCAGCAACCGUCGCUCCGUCCCACAUUCCGCUGACACCCACAGCUGAGACUUUGGCAUACAUGCCCGCCCAGGUCAGCACGCCACUCGGCAAGCCCGGCAUCGCCUCGAUCGUCCGACCGCCCCCCGUCCGCGUCCGAUGCUACGCCCGCACCCGUGUUCCAACUCCCCACGGCGAAGUCUUUUGCCACCUCUACAAGAACACGCACGACACCAAGGAGCACCUGGCGCUGGUCAUCGAUCCUUACCAGAACGACGAAGGCAGCACCCAGAUGGGCCCGGACGGCCGCCCCGUUAAGGAAUCGGAUCCGCUUUACCAGCAGCAAUCGCUUCGUAGCAAGUCGCUCGAUGAGGUGUGGGGCCCUGAAGAGACGGAUAUGGAACGUAUUGUUCGAGGAGCCUACGUGGGCAGACUGGGUCCCAGUUUCCAGGUCGCCUCCAAGCCGCUGCCGCGCCACUCGCAUCCGCAGCACGCACGCUCGCACAUUGCGGAUGGAGGCGAUGACACGCUGGCGCCGCUGGUACGCAUUCACUCUGAGUGUUUUACGGGCGAGACCAUCGGCAGUCAACGUUGUGAUUGCGGUGAGCAGCUCGACGAGGCCAUCCGACUCAUCUCCGAGGCGUACGAUUCAUCGAAAUCUGCUGGUGGUCAGCAUCCCAAUCAACAGCAGCAGCAGAAGCGGAAAUUGGGCCGGGGAGUCAUUGUUUAUCUGCGCCAAGAGGGUCGUGGUAUUGGACUGCUGGACAAGCUCAUGGCGUACAACCUGCAGGAUAUGGGUCAUGACACGGUUUCAGCCAACAUCUUGCUGGGGCAUCUGCCGGAUGCGCGCAAGUACGACAUCGCCUCGGCCAUUUUGCGGGACCUGGGUGUGGAUGAGUGUCGGUUGCUGACCAACAACCCGGAAAAGAUGGAGGCAUUGGAGGCGGAGGGGGUGAAAGUCACGGAGAGAGUGGGCAUGGUGCCGAGGGUGUGGAAGUUUGGCAAGGCGUUGCGCCGGAAGAAGCACAAGAAGAGUCGUAGUGCGAGGAGCAAGGCUGAGGCCAAGGUUGGCUCUAGUCGCGCCGCUGCUGCUGCUGCAGGUGGAGGCAGUCGCGCAAGCGCCAAGAAGGCCUCGUCCCUGCUACGCCAGAUCAACUUGGGUGGUCUUGACGGCAGUGUCAUCUCGCAAGCCGGAACCAACACGGAGUCGGAAUCCGAAAUCGACCCGACCACCGCAGGACUGCGUCACCAGGGUGAAGACAUUCUCAACCCGGACGACCGCUUCGAGUCCGAUUACGACGACGGCCAUCACCACGAACACAGCGAUUGCGACGAGGAAGACGACAGCGGCAGCGACUCGGGCGACUCGUACAUCGACCACGUGCUCAGGAGAUCCGGCACCACCAUGAUCGGUGCCUCCAUCACCAAAGGCCCGGAGUUGGAAAAGUACCUGCGCACCAAAGUGGAGCGUAUGGGCCACUUGUUGACUGUCCCCAACGACGAGAAAGAUGCGCACAGAGACGCACCGAACGCCGAUGUGGAAGGGGACGAUGAAGCGCCUGUCUCACAACCCAACUCGGACGACGAAGGUCUGCUUGCCACUGAACAAUAG